GGGCCCCGCCGCGCCGCCGGUUCGAGCCUCGGCCCUGCCGCGUCGUCUGGCUGCCGGGGCGGCAUCGGGCCUCACGUUGCCUCCGGCAGCACCCGGGAUGGCCCCGAGGCCGUGCCGCUCUUGCUUGCCGCCCUGCGGGUGGGUGGGUGUGAGCCGCCCCCCGGUGAGUCCGGGAGCGAGGUGUCCAUGCAGGGCCUGGCGCCGUGGGCCGCGCUCCCGGCCUGGCUCUGACCACCUCCCGCUUCACCGGCUGCGAAAACGCGGCUGCAUCUCGCUUCCCUCCCCUCGGCGGCGGCCGGGCUGCUGCGAGAUGGCGGCGCCUGUCACCAUCCCGGCCUAGUGCGGCCUCCUCGUCUCCGCCUGUCCGCGUGGCGCCUCGAAGCCCGGCCUGAGGCCCGACCGCCGCCGGAGCCGCGUCUCUGCUGAGAGCUGAGAACAAGCCACAAGGCCGAAAAUCUUCCCUUGCAGAAGAUAUAUGUCUGUAAUAAAGGCUGCUGCUAAUUCUUUCCUGGGAUUAAGAGGUACCAUCAAGGAAAACUUUGCCCGAUAUUGCUUUUCUUUUUGUAAAGUGAAGCUUUCCCAAACCUGAGGCGAGACAGAAACGUGACUGUGAUUCUGUGCUGCUCUCUUGCAGUCAGAUGGAAAUAGCUGUCUUUAUUCAAAGUCUCGGUUGGCGCCGCGAUCCAGACAUUUCCUUAGACAACAAAAUGGACAGAAAUCCAUUUUCCAGGCUGGAAGGAAGGCAAAAAAUAAAUUGGAAGAAUGAAGAGUGAAGAGGAAUUGAGGCGUUCACAGGGCUUUCAGCAUGAAUGAUUUGAAGUGAUGGGAAGAAGGCAGGUACAGCAUUUGUUUGUUUAAAAGACAGGACUAGAUUUGACUUUAAGAUGCGCAUUGCAUCGCUGAGAAGUCCGCUGCCAUGUUUCUGCUGGGAGACGUGCACAUACGGCACGUAGUGCACAUACGGCACGUAGCACACGUGCGGUGAUUGCGGUGCAGGCCGCUUGCUUGCAGACACAAGGUGACUCUCGCAUGGGGUGGUUCUGGCCACGUGCCCCAAAGGCAGGGCGCUUGAGCUGUGCAUGCACCAUGGCCUGUUGUCCGAGAUUCCCGGGUGUCCAAAAAGAGGGUUGUAGCUGCUUCUGCUGGUCUGAGCAGGCCCUUGGAUAUCAGGCCGUUCGUGGCAAGCAACCAAGUUUGUCUUUUUUGGGCUGGAAGAAGAAGAAUGUCCCAGGGGAGCCUGGAGUAUGACAGCCCCGACAAAGUCGAAAUGGAAGAUGGCCACCCAGAGAGUGGUUCAAGACAGCUUUUAGAUUUCAUCUCACUCUCCAGAGUGACCAACAGACACCUACUAAAUCUCAUAAAAUUCAGUGAAACCAGCACCUGCCCAAAGCAUCUGGUGUUGUAUCUGGGGCGGGACUUGCAGGCGGGAGCACGGUGCUGCUAAGGAGCAUUGCCCUGUGCCGCAGGUGCUACGUGGUCUGAAGGAGUGCUCGCCUGGUCUCUGUUACCACAUCUGCUCUGUAGCGUGGUGGUACUUGAGGCCUCUUUGCAGACUUUCCCACCUGGUGUUGCUUGAUUAAGCUGUAAGUCCUGUGGUACAAGAUGCAGCUUUCAGCCUUGCGUUGUGGAGCUCUGCUGUCUUGUUAAGGCCUGAGGACGUGUGUGCAAAAUGCUCGUCAUUCUUUAUUUCAGUUCUUGCACUGCAGCUCAUCGCAGUAGCAUCUGGAUAACAGAGUUUGUCCCUUUUCUGUAGCUGAUAAGGUUCCGCUCAUUUUACUUUGGUUUGCAUCUCGGAAGCAGAAAGUUUCCUGUCUAUAAAAUUCCCAGAGACAUUGAUUUGCUGUUGUCUCAUUGUAGCAAUUUUACUGUCUGCCUUGCUGUUUAUGCUCAGCAUUGCAGAUGCAUCCGGAAAUCAAUGCUGCUGUUCUGGGUCUUUUUGACAGGCAGCUCCUCAGAACCGUUGGCAGUGAGUUUUGUGCGCUUCUCCCUGUUUUUCCUUCUUGUGCUCUCUGCGUGGUCCUUCCUCAACAUAACGUUCCUGUUUUGAGUGUUCCAUAUGUAGGAAACUGCACGGGCGAGCGAUCAGACAGCAGUGAAUCCGCCGAGGGUGCUUCUGACGUCUGCCCACGCACGACGCGCCACGAGUCCCCGUUUGAAUUCGUCCCUGUGGAACAUGGGUGACCAGACCAGAACAAAGCGCUCGGAUAAGAUCUUCCCAGGGCCCUGCACAAUGGAAACUUCUGCGAAGCCGGGCCAGAGCUCCGUGCCGAGGAUGCCGUCCCUGCGUCGUCCGCGCGGGCUGCUGGAGGGCCCCAGCGCGUCGCUGCUGCCGCCCUCCCGGUGUCCUGCCGUGACAUGUCUGCUGUGCCGCAGCCGGGCAAAACCACUGCUGCUGGGAAAAAAAGGGGAAGACGCAAAGAGUCUUGACUACAUCUAAGAGAGCCAGAGCUGACCCGAGAACCUUUCACAGAUCACCACAGUUGAUGCAGCAGGAGAGUCUCUUUGGAGAUGAAGAUGUUCAAGAUUUUUGGAGCUCUCUUUUUCUGCGGCCUGCUGACACCGUCUCAGGAAGUACCGCCUGAUCUGUCCUGCGCAGUCAGCCCAGGCGCACUGCGGAAUGUUCUCGCAGGAGCCAUGCUUCAGAACGGGCUUCUCCAGCAGCACCUCCAGAGCCUCGUGCUCCCAAACAUCAUGGGUGAGGGAGGUCUGCUGAAUGCACCCAUCAGCAUCACUGGACUGCACCUUGUCAAGGCUCAGUUCCCCGACCUGUCAGUGAUACUGCUGCCUGGAAUUGGGGUCCAGAUGACCAUCGUUGCAAAGCUAGAUCUCAAAGGCAACAGCUUGGUUGGUCUUCUCUCAGAAAUAAUUGAUAUCGUAUUGGAUGUGUCCAUUACUGCAAACAUUAAAUGCACGAAUUAUGAAUUGGGUACAGUCCAGGUUAUUAUUGAAGACUGCCUCUGUAUUUUUGGUGCCAUAAAGAUGAAGCUCCUUUCUGGCUUACUGUCCCUAUCAAUAAAUGACUUGGUGUAUAACCAGUUGACAGGAGCUCUGCCUCGUUUGCUGUGUUCCGUGAUCAAUAUAGUUGUCAAUCUUGUGAGCAUCCAGCUCUUAGGCACUCUCAAUGCGGUGAUCCCACUUGGUACAGCAGGAACAAUUCAGUAUCAGCUCGCCCGCCUUCCAUUUACAUCUGGCUCGUUUCUUGGGUUGGAUUUAGAUGGUACAGUGCAGCAGAUGGGAGGCAGCAUCAUCCCCCAUGACUCAUCCUUCGCUGUUUUGCCUCCUGUGCUGGACAAGCUUCUUGUCUUGGGAUUGCACCAGAGCUUUCUCAAUGAAGUCCUGUCCCUCCUGAUCCAGAGGCCGUCUCAGAGAUUUCCCUGCACUCCAGAAGCCUUCUCUGGUGCCAAACAGCUGAAAGAAGCUGUCAUGACCCUCCUUCCUGCUGGGUGCUCCAGUUGUCCUAGGACCGAUCCUCCAAGCAUUAAGAUAGCAUUGUCUGGGAGCCCCCUUUUGCUCUUGGAAGCAAACAAAGCCAGUCUCAAGCUUUGUGUCAUGAUUCAGCUGUUCGUUCAGCAUUUAGAUGAGUCUGUCCGAAACCUUCUGCUCCUGAAGGCAGAACUUGGUCUAAGUGUCCGUGGUUCGAUUACUGACAGAAGACUGCUGCUCACAGCGUCCCUGAGCAGCAUUGUCCUCUCUUUGGAGUCUUCUGAUGUUGGCAUCAGUAACAUCUCGAGUCUCAAGCCACACUGCAAAAAUCUUCUGGUGGAAAAAUUCUUGCCGCUUCUCGAUGGUUGUCUGAGACUCGGAAUCCCCCUGCCAAAUGUGCUGGGCAUUCAGUUAAUAGACGCAGAUGUCCGAAUAUUAGCGGGCAUGUUGGUAAUUCUUGUGUGAACUGGCGAGUACAAAGCAUGGAGAAGUCUUUCCGAUUAUACCACUGGGCAGAAAAAAAGGAAGAAAGACCGGCAAGGAUGAAGCAUCAAGACUGGCAUUAUUUUCUUUCCUUUUCUAAACUUGAUUCAAGAUUCUUGGUCACAUUUUAAGGCACUUUAAAUCUAACUGGCUCACGUGAGUACUAACAUAAUUGUAUAAGCCAAAAACAGGUAGCUCAGUGUACAAAUAUUUCAUUUGGUGAAUUUGCAUAAUUUAGAGGGCACAGUUAUAGCAAUUGUAUGUGAUACUGCAGUUGAAUGGUUAAAUUCCUUGAAAAAUUUGUUCCUGAGGCAAAAAUGUUCUUGAUAUAAUGAAAAAGUCAAUUUGGUGCAUGUGGCUUUGUAAGUAAAUGUCACCAUCCAUGUUCAGAAGAAUAUGAAGUUCUGAGUAGAAGGCUCAGGAUACAUUUUUCAUGCAACUCUUUUAAUAAAUGUUCCUACUUUUUAGUGCUUGGAA